UAGAGACAUUAGUCGUGACUGGUAAGCUUCCUCUUUGACACAAAAUUCUCAACCAAGCAAGCCAAUCACACCAAAAAUGGCUUCCUGGAAUUCAAUCCCACUUCACGUCUUAUACGAAGUUCUUGGCUGGUUUGCUUUUGUUUGCUGGUCUAUCAGUUUCUACCCACAAGUCAUCUUGAAUUUUCGCAGGAAAAGUGUGGUGGGACUGAACUUUGAUUUCGUGGUGUUGAAUCUCACCAAGCACUCGGCUUAUCUGUUGUAUAAUGCAUCUUUAUACUUCAGCUCUACUAUUCAGAAGCAGUACAAAGAAAAAUAUGGCCAGCACGAGAUGAUUCCUGUUGCAGCAAAUGAUGUUGCCUUCUCAUUGCAUGCUGUUCUCAUCACAGCUUUUACUUUGUUCCAGAUUGUUAUCUAUGAUCGUGGAAAUCAGAAAGUGUCGAAAAUUGCUUGUGGAAUUGUGACGGUUGCUUGGUCUAUUGCUGCAAUAUGCUUCUUCAUUGCUCUGCCUAAACAUCAUUGGCUUUGGCUUCUCUCAAUAUUCAGUGGUAUUCAAGUUUGCAUGACGAUUAUAAAAUAUAUUCCCCAGGCUGUGAUGAACUUUAUGAGAAAAUGCACUGAAGGAUGGAGCAUUGGUAAUAUUUUGCUGGAUUUUUCUGGAGGCGUAGGAAAUUAUGGUCAAAUGUUUGUACAAUCCAUAGAUCAAGGUUCUUGGGCCAACUUCUCUGGAAACAUAGGAAAACUAAUGAUAUCUCUGGUUUCUGUAUCGUUUGACAUCCUGUUCAUGAUCCAACAUUAUUUGUUAUAUCGGCACAAAAAAGGCUCAAAUUCAAAUGCUCCUCCCGAAGUUGAGAUCAGCAGCAAGCAGUCUUCUGAUAAACUAGUGGCAGAAAAUGUGUAGGAUUUAGUACAAGUUUAGCAUUGGGAAAAGUAGUUAGUGAUCCAUCUUUGAUUGAAAUAAUUCUCUCGAAAUGGUGAGCAAAUAUAUAUAUAUAUAUAUAUAUAUAUCCAAGACGAAUUUAAUGUUUAUAAUGGUCUUUAUGUUGUAACUAAGCUAGGGGUUGCAGCGUUUAACCUAUCUGCUUGUGAGUGCUUUGUGAAUGUAGCUACAAUCGGUUGAAUAAAAUAAAGGGUGAAGGUGUGUGAAUUAUUCUCAAA